AUGUCUGAAGAAUGCACCUCUGAGCCUGCAGGAGCCAUCAGGGCCAUUGAUAAACACUCAGUGCAUCAGAUAUGCUCAGGCCAGGUGGUGCUGAGUCUUUCCACUGCUGUCAAGGAGCUGGUGGAGAAUAGUGUGGAUGCAGGAGCUACAAAUAUUGAGAUCAGGUUGAAGGAUUCUGGGUCAGAGCUUGUGGAAGUUUCAGACAAUGGGAAAGGAGUAGAAGAAGCAAACUUUGAAGGACUUGCACUGAAACAUCAUACCUCAAAGAUAAGGGACUUUUCAGAUCUCAUCCAUGUGGCUACAUUUGGGUUUCGAGGAGAAGCCCUCAGCUCUUUAUGUGCACUGAGUGACCUUAUGGUGGUUACAUGUCAUGAGUCUACCCAAGUGGGGACUAAGCUGGUGUUUGACCAGAAGGGAAACUUGGUUCAAAAAUUGCCUCAACAUAGACCCCAAGGUACUACUGUUAGCCUGCAGCAGCUCUUUUAUACGCUUCCUGUCAGGCAUAAAGAGUUUCAACGUAAUAUUAAAAAGGAAUAUGCCAAAAUGAUCCAUGUCCUACAGUCCUAUUGUAUCAUAUCUACCGGAGUGCGCAUUACUUGCUCCAACCAAGUUGGGCAGGGCAAACGCAGUACAGUCCUCAGCACAAGUGGAAGCCAAAGUAUGAGGGAUAACAUUGGAGCCAUAUUCGGACCAAAGCAGCUCCAGACACUGUUGCCAUUUCAACAAACGCUUCCUACUGAAAAUAUUUUGGAUGAAUAUGGGCUGAAGGGUUCUGAUCUACCCCAGCAGCUGUUUGUCAUUACAGGAUUUGUGUCGCGAGCAGACCAUGGAGUUGGAAGAAGCUCCACAGACCGACAAUUCUUCUUUAUCAACAACCGUCCAUGUGACCCAGUGAAGGUAACUAAAAUAGUGAAUGAGGUUUAUCAUAUGUAUAACCGCCAUCAGUAUCCCUUUGUCACGUUGAACAUAACUGUUGCCUCUGAUUGUGUGGAUGUAAAUGUCACUCCAGACAAAAGGCAGAUUUUCCUUCAAGAAGAGAAACUCCUGGUGGCAGUUAUUAAAACAUCUCUUACACAUAUGUAUGAGACUGGAGUCAAUAAAAUAACCUUGAAUUUAACACAUAAGCCGACAUCAAGUUUGUUAUCAUCACCUGAACUCUGUCAGGUUGUACCUUCAGAUGAGCACAUGCCAGCAUCUGGAAAUGACAAUGACUUGGUUCAAAGCCCCAAGUCUUCCCUUAAUUUAGCCAGUUUACGGGCUGCUUUCUCCAGUCAAGACUCUACUGCUAAAAGUCCUGCUGAUUCUAACAACACGUACAGUCGGCCAAUUCAGAAAACAUUGCAGUCGUUUCUCAAAAGUGGUGUCAGUUCCACUGUAUCCAGUACAAGUAAAGCACCAAGUUUAAAAACAAAAAAAGAUUACUAUAAAUGCUCUGCUGUGGGAGGAGGAGUGUUGGACAGUUUCAAGUUUGAUAAAAAUGUGACCACAGAGGACGAUGACACUUGUUCAGAAAUGGUGACUGAAAUCGAAAGAGACUGUGAACCAGAGAACGAAAUCAACACCUUUGCAGAAUCUAAUCCCUGCACGUCGAAAGAAUCCCGUUGGCAAAGAUCUGAUCCUAAAAGGCCAAGAAGAGAAAAGGCUCUGGUUUGGGCAAAGGCCGAUGCUUCCUUCUCACAAGACUCAGCGAGUCCUUCUCCAUCUACACUGGAUGCCCCGGUCUCUUUACCAAAGAAGACCACUCCUGUACAGUUCUCUUUGCACCAACUCGCACUAAGGAUAAAGAAGCUGCAGCAAAAGCAUAAGUCGGAGCAUGAACCAAUGUACAGACGAUUUAGGGCCAAGAUCAACCCGGGAGAAAACCAGAAUGCAGAGGAGGAGCUGAAGAAGGAGAUUUGUAAAGAUAUGUUCCAAGAGAUGCAGAUCAUCGGUCAGUUCAACUUGGGCUUCAUCAUCACCAAACUAAACUCUGACAUAUUUAUGAUUGACCAACAUGCAAGUGAUGAGAAGUACAACUUUGAGAUGCUCCAGCAGCACACCGUGCUCCAGGGGCAGAGGCUGAUACUUCCCCAAAAUCUUCAUCUUACUGCAAUCAGCGAAAACAUAUUGAUUGAAAAUAUUGAAAUUUUUAGAAAAAAUGGCUUUGAAUUUCUGAUAGAUGAAGACGCUCAAGUAAUGGAAAGGGUGAAGCUGGUGUCUCUCCCGACCAGUAAGAACUGGACCUUUGGGCCUGCGGACAUAGAGGAACUAAUAUUCAUGCUGAGUGACAGUCCAGGUGUCAUGUGCCGACCCUCUCGUGUGCGACAGAUGUUUGCAUCCAGAGCAUGUCGCAAAUCGGUGAUGAUUGGCACAGCCUUGAGUGUCAGUGAAAUGAAAAAGCUUGUGGUUCACAUGGGGGAAAUCGAACAGCCGUGGAACUGUCCACAUGGGAGACCCACGAUGAGACACUUGGCCAAUCUGGACAUGAUUUCAGACUAA